AUGUGGUCGUUCAACCUGCGUUGGUACUUCUCUUGCUGGACAACCGAGCUCUUUGACCUUGACGAGCUCUACAGCACUUGUGGUGACACCUCCUUCAACCUGAAGAAUGGCUUCUUCCACGACCACGGAAAAGAAGGAAUUGCAUGGAAGCUGUGCGAAGACUUCAACCUGGACAAGGCGGAAGACCCCGAAGCCCUUCAAGAGAUCUUGAAGAUCUUGGACGGCUCCUUCCAGUAUGACGCCAAUGUCGAGAUGCCUGCCGACUUCUCGUCAUACUUUGAGCAUUUGGCUCGCAAGCCAGGUCAGACUUUGUUGAACUAUGUGACGGACCACGACGACCGGCUGAAGCAAAUCGAGAAGCAUGGUGUUCGACUACCCACUCAAAUCCAAGGGUGGUUCCUCCUGACAAAGGCCGCCCUGACACGUGAGCAAAAGCAGAUGAUCGUGACACAGGCCGCCUCACUUGAAAGAGCCAAGAUCCAGCAAGCGAUGUUUGCCAUCCUCGGCCAAGACUACAAAGGUGGCGGUCAGCUCCUCAGAGACCGCUGGAACCGUGCUGGAUCCGGCAAAGGUCGCUCUUACUUUGCUGGCGAUGAUUCUGAAGCCUUCUUCGAAUGCGACGACAAUGCCCCGACCUACGAUGAGGAAGAUGAUGCCUACUACAUGGACGAUGAAGAGAACUAUGAUGACCUGUGGUGGAAGUCCUUUGACGCCGAUGAGUACCUUCUUGACCUCACGUCCUCGUUUGAGUCCGAGCAGCUGACGUGGGAACCCUCCUUUGACCUUCAGCUCGAUGAGAAGCUGGGCGACCCCGGCUCCUUGGAAGACUUCUUGAUGGAAGAGCACCUCUACCAAGUUGAAGAACAGAUGCCACCAGAGGACAUGUCUCCCAUGACCACCAAGCACUGGAAGACCUUGGUCAUGCACACCCAAGCACAGCUGAAGUCUAUGAACACCUUGGUUGAUCAGGCAAUCAAACAAGAACAUCAAGCUCCUCCUCGUGUCCUAUGGGAAGUCUACACCGGAAGAGCUCGACUGUCGCAGAUGGCUGCAGCAAUUGGCAUGACCGUCAAAACGUUCAGCUUUGAGACAUUCUGCAUGGAGAUCAACGAUCUUGCCCAGGUUGCAGAGAUGUUCUGCAUACCGCAACUGGGAGACAGGACUACACUCCCUCAGAGCCAGCAGAACCUUCUGAUGAAGUUGACACUCCGGGAAAUCCGUCUUUUCCAGCCGCUGCUCCUGUCGCCUCCACGGCUCCUGAACUUCCAGAACAUCCAGCAAUACCAGAACACCUUUUACCGGCUGAAACUUUGUCUUUCGGUCCAAGACGACCACGGCAUCAUGAGCAACCAAGCCCAUAUGCAAAGCCUCCUCACGAAACUGGUGAAAUGGUGGUUGAAGUCCACGGCCAAUCUUCCUCAUGGCUGGACCUUCAACAAGAACAACAAUUCCCUGGAGCUCAAACAAAAGUUGGCUGACUUCUGGGAAGUCAAGGGAUGCCUCAUUCGCCAUCAUGUACGACCACGGUCAAAGAAGUUUCUUCCAGGCGAUCAGGCUGACCUUCCAGUGCCCUUGGAGAAACUUGAUGAUGUCAGAGUCACCAUCUUUCGUGAGCCAGGACAAGAACCUUCGGCGAUCACCGACCACUUCAAGACUGAGAAUGUGUUCAAGAGACACUCCAAAGAAGCCGCCAAAGGUCUACCCUCAAAGUGGGUUGGCUGCACGAUCUUCCAGAUCAAUGCCGUGACUCGCAAGGAAUGUGGAAUGACUGCAACCUUGUCUUCAAGCUCUCCCACUUCCGUGAAGCCCAUCCGAAAGGCCGCUCAGCACAUGAAGAACCACUGUUCCACCUACAUCGCAGCUGAACGACGCCUGAAGGAAGUCUUUGAGUUUAGAAGUUGGCAAGAAGACCAUGAAUCCAUGGAGUACUGCGGCGUGAUCCAUAACCGCAAGGACUUCACCUGGAACUUGUCACAAAGCCACUUCUUGCACAAGGAAGAAUCGAACUAUGAGGAUGAGAAUGUCCUGCAGGAUGAAGCCGCCGACACUGGACCUACAUCAUGGCCAAGUUCCAAGCCUUUGAGAACCUCCAUGGCAAUGAUAAUCUACUUCACACAGAUCAAUGCUGUUACGGCAGGGCCCACAGGUGACUUCACGCAGUUGAAGCCAGAUGGUCUUUGUCUGGCUGGCGAUGAGCCUACUGAGGAAUGGUCUAUCUUGACCUACUUGUUCCUCUUCAUCCUCGCCACCACUGACCUACAAGCUAGGCAGAAGGUCAAAUUGAGGGCGGCGCAAGCUCGCAAUGAGCGACACUUUAACAAUGCGUUAGAUGACCAUGCCUAUUCUUCGACCGCCGCAUCUCCCAGCUGGAAAACGAUUUGGUGA